AUGUCAACUGCUGCUCAAGAAGAAUUCAACGACCUGGUCGCCAAGAACACACACCGCGAAACCCUCCACCCAGAGGACCGUGACGACCCCGACUUCAAAGAUAUUCAAGACCUCUCCGAAGAAGACCUAUUCCGCAACGCACAAAUCGACAACGCAAUGCGCAUGCCUACUGUUGAUCGCCUCACCGGCGCUGGCGCCUCUGAGAUCAAGCUUCCUCCUGUCUCCUUCGACAACGGUCGUGCUACCGGCGUCAAGGGCGUCAUUGCCGACGCACGAAACUAUGAGGCUGCUCGCAAGAACAAGUGGAGACACCGCGUCCGCACUGCCCGCAACAGCAUUUUCGGCAUCGAGUCUGCUCCUCCCGCCAAGAGUGAUACCGAUAGCAGCGAGGAUGACGCCAAGAGCGACGCUGACGAGGAAGCUUUCCUUGCUGAGUGGAGAGAGAGCCGUCGACGUGAGCUCGAGAGCGAGGCUAGCCGAUCUGUCAGAAACAACCGAAGAACAAGUCCUAGUGUACGCAUAUAUGGCCGGCUAGAUGAGGUGGAUGCUCUUGGAUACCUCGACGCCAUUGAGAAGGUUUCAAGAGAAACAACUGUCGUUGUCUUUGUGUAUGACCACGAGUGUGAGGUUUCUGCCACUAUCGAGCAAGCACUUAUGCCUAUUGUCAAGGCCAACCCCGAGGUUCACUUUGUCAAGGUCCACUAUGAGGAGAUCGAGUUCGACAACGCUGCCGUACCCGCAAUCCUGGGGUACCGAAACCAGGGCGAUCUCUUCGCCAAUCUAACGGGUCUGAUUGAGAUGAUCCCUGACGACGAGACCUUCGGUACCUCGUCGUUGAGACAACUCUUCCAAAAACACACUAUCCUAUAG